UAAGAUUGUUUGUGUGAGUGGGUGUGUUGCUCUCUGCUGGGUGUGUGUUUGUGUGUGCGCGCCAGGGUGCGUGUGUGUGUGGGUUGUUUUUUUUUCUAGAGAUGCCGAGGAAGAAGAACUUCAGGAUUUCGCAGGCAGCGAGGAGGAGUGCUGCGGACAGACGGACCCUUGACGUUUCUCCUCAGGUUCCCAUGGACCGCUGUGCACCGCAUGGCACUGGGCACCGGCACAAGGUGAGGAGGUGGGAGGUGUCGGUGCUCACCGGGCGGCAGCACAAGUUGGUUCUUCCGCCGGAGUCCCACGGCAAAAAGGUGGUUUUUGCUAUUGGUGACUCCCAUCUUCGAAGCCUUGCAGAUGGCAUCGUGCGGUUGCCUGAGGGUCGUCUGGCGUGGGGGUUCAUGUCAACGCCGGGGGCAAGCGCCACCGAGUUGAGAACUGAGGUGCUUCAUGCUGAGGUGCCUCAGGAUCCCGACUUGGUGUGCGUCUUGGCUCCGAGCAAUGACUUGACCGCCAAGCACACCAUCGGUCGUGCGGCUGCAGACUUCGAGCGGUACCUAGCCACCGUCUGCAGUCGCUGGCCGAAGGUGUGUGUGCUGGACUUUCCUCCGAGGUUGACCGUUGAGGACUCCCUGCAAGAGCUCUACCGCCAGGAGUUCCACCGUGUGGCAGCCCGCAUGGCUGUGAAGUACUUCCACAUCGCGGACCACUUACCCGGCAGUGUCUCAACAUGUGAAGUCGCGAUGGUGUCCACCUGAGUGAUGACGUCGGCAUGGAGAUCUUCGCCCAGCUGCUGUGGACGGUUGCUUACACGCAACUGGAGACCGUGCCGCCAGCCCCGCCGGUGUCUCGUCCAUCCCCACCU